AUGACGGAGGAAUUUGAUGCACUUGUCAAGAGGAACAUGGGAGUUGGUUCCUUCGCAUCCCUCCUACAACAUAGUGGGAUGUGUAAAGCUCGUCUAGUGGCGAAGGGAUUUCACCAAAGAUCGGGUAUCGAUUAUCAUGACACAUUUAGUCCGGUUAUCCAGCUGGCAACCAUUCGACUUGUCCUGAGCAUCACGGUUACUUCUGGAUGGCCACUGCGUCAACUAGAUGUGAACAACGCGUUUCUUCAAGGUCGUCUCCAUGAUGAUGUUUAUAUGGUGCAAUCACCAGGGUUUGUCGAUCAAGAUCAACCCUCUCACGUGUGCAAAUUGCAUAAGGCAUUGUAUGGGCUUAAACAAGCUCCUAGACUUGCUACACCGAUGUCUUCAACGACAUCCCUUGUUCUUCACUCCGGCUCUCCAUUGGAUGAUCCGACCGAGUAUCGCAAUGUGGUGGGUAGCCUACAGUAUCUCAAUUUUACACGUCCAGAUAUUGCCUUUACGGUCAAUAAACUGUCGCAAUUCAUGCACCGUCCGACGACUGACCACUGGCAAGCUGUAAAACGAGUGUUGCGCUAUUUGGUUGGCUCCCCUUCUCUCGGUAUAUUCAUGUCUUUGGAAAAUUCUUUUGCUCUUCAUGCCUUCUCCGACGCUAAUUGGGGUGGAAACCGAGAUGAAUUUACGUCCACUAGUGCUCACGCUGUCUACCUUGGCAAUCAUCCCAUAUCCUGGUCUUCCAAAAAGGAACGAACUACGGCUCGUUCUUCCACCGAGGUAGAGUAUAAGUCUGUUGCUUCCACAGCGGCUGAGUUAUGA